CGCUUCCGGUUUUUGCAAUGUCACACAGGCUGUAGUGAGUGAACACGCUAUAAAAAAAUACUAUCAGCAUUAUUAGUGGAGGGGGGAAACAAACUUACUUUUCGUGCUCGGCAUUGUGUGUAACACUCACACUUGUAUGUCCACCCGUGGAAGUCGCUCAUCCCCGGCUACUGAGUCACCACCGGCAGGCCUCUCCUCUCACCGACCGAGCAUCGCUGCUGGAGCCGCGUUGGGGUGUGCCAAGCUCGGCCACGGAGGCAGCAUGGGUCCGGCCCCUCGCUAGCUGCGGUGGUGGAUGACUAGCAGCUACACUGUCAUGAAGCAGCAUCCAGCUUGAAUGUUACUGCGCCUCAACUUUUGUUGUCACAAUGAACGGCACUCUGCAGAGUGACGCCAAAAGACAGAACCUCCUGGAGAGGCUGUUGGAUGCUGUUAAACAAUGCCAAAUCCGCUUCGGAGGAAGGAAAGAAAUCGCAACAGACUCAGACAGCAGGGUGAUAUGUCUUUGCGCCCAGCUUGAAGCCGUGCUGCAGCAUGGCUUGAGAAAGAGCAGAGGUCUUGCACUCACCGCCGCCGCCAUCAAGCAGGCUGCUGGCUUUAGCAGCAAGGCGGAAACAGAGUUCACCUUCUGGUUCUACGUGAAGGAGCAUCUCAACAGGCACGAGCUCCAGCGCUUCUACUCACUCCGUCAUAUCACCUCCGAGCUCGGCAGGGGUCGCGCCUGGCUGCGCUGCGCACUUAACGAGCACUCAUUGGAGCGCUACCUGCACACGCUGCUGGCUGACCGACUGCGCCUCGGUACUUACUAUGAAGAAUGGGCUUUUAUGCUCGAUGAAGAGAGGGCCAGCAUGCUUCCCACCAUGGCUGCAGGUUUGAACUCUAUCCUCUUUGCCAUCAACAUCGACAACAACGACUUGAACGGAGGACCGACAAGAGUAGGCGCCUCCUCCAUGACGCACCUCCUCAAGGAGUCCACGCAGGGUAUUGGCAGCCUGUGGAAGGAGUCCACACAAGGGGUUAGCAGCCUGCUUCGAGAGAUCAGCACCGCCACUGCUGUGGUUCCGGGCUUUAGUCCCAGAGUGGACGGACCCUCUGACCCACUGCCUGUCAUGCCGCGAAGCUCCUCGGCUGAUUCAGGGCUGAGGAGGGAGCGGCGGAGAAAGAAGAAGAUCACAAACAUCAUUUCCUUUGAUGAUGACCUGGAUGGAGGGGCUGAGGAUGAAGAGGAGGGUGAGGAGGACUUCCAGAAAAAUGUUGGGAUGAUGAUUAAGAGGCAAACAAGUCCUGUUCAGAGCAGCGUGGAGGAAGGGAUAGAUCUCCUUGAGCCGUCGUUCUCUGGUUCUCCUUCUCAAAACGGGCUGGCCGACCCAGGUUCAUUGAGUUGGGUGGGGUCACCCCAUCCUUCUCGUAUGCCACACAUGCCAGACCGUAAGAAUAUAGAUAACGAGGAGGAAGAGGAAGAAGAGGACGCGGAAGAGGAGAAGUACGAACCUAGAGCACACAUCCAGGAAGAAAAGCGGAACAAUGACCAGAUGGUGGUGGGAAGUCUGCCUAGCGUGUCCACGUGGAGCCCCGUGCAGGGGCUGACGGACCACAGUACCGCGGACAUCCUCAUCCCCCUCAACUCUGCAACCCCCCAGCCAGUCAACUCGGUGGAGGACUCGGCGGCCUUUCCUGCUCAGUGUGAGUCAACAGCACCUGUGGAGAACUGUGAUAGCCUAAGAUCACGGCUACCGCCAAAUAUGGAGUCCAGUGCUUUGGCGCUGUCUGUUCCACUCAGCAGCAGGCUGCCAGCAUCUGAUCUGCCAGAGUCCAUGACAGUCGUGGAGCUGCGUCAGGCCAUUGUUGCCAUGAUGAACAGGAAAGACGAGCUGGAGGAACAGAGUGGGUCUCUUCGCAGUCUUCUGGAUGGGGAAAUGGAGCAUUCAGCCUGUCUGAGGCAGGAAACCGAGCUGCUGAAGAAGAAGCUGGCUGAGCUAGAAGAGAGACACACGGCUAAGGUCCAGGCACUGGCCAGGGUUUGUUGUAAGUGCGUGUUGGAUGAAUCCUUCGUCAGACCAGAGGGGCAAGGCGAGAAGGCAGUCCGUGGGCAAGCAAGUGGUCGGGGGCUGGAGAGAAGCAACGAGGUCCGUGUCCAAGCAGGGGUCGAGGAUCGAAGGAGGCAGUCCAAAAUCCAGAGAGGAGUCGAGGCACGCAGCUCGAUCACGGGGAACAGGAAAGGCACUGCGGGGAACACAGAGGACAUAAGACAUGGGAAUUGGGAAGUCACAGAGAGAGAGCAAGUACGCAGAAGGGAAGCCAGAGACGGGAUGCUUACUACAAGGAGUGAACUACGUUCCGGCGCUGGAUCUUCGUGUCCGCUGGUCUUUAUGCUGUCUGUCUUCAUUAGUCCCAGGUGCGAGGAUUACUGAUUGCCUGCAGCUUUUCCGGCGCGCGGUGGAGGUGCCGGCCAAGCCUGCAGCAGAAGGCAUGAGGGAUUGCGCAUGCACCGUGACAGUAAUGCCAACAAUCUGUCCUGACUCCUGACGAAAAUAUUGCUGCGAAACUUUACAAAUUCAUUUGGCUAAUCGACAUCAGUAAAUUGUGGCAUAAUUACUUAGUAAACCAUCUUGCAAAUAGCAUAAACAAGAGAAACCUACAGCGUAGGACUCGUCGAUUGACAUUUGAAGUUCCUUGGAGUAGGAUUCUGGCAACCUCAGUUAUGGAGAGUGGGAGGGGACUACAUAAUUUUGACUGUGAUUGCAGUACCAUUUCUGGCCACAUUACUACAUAUGGCACCUUUAAUAUUGAAAUUGCAUUUUUAACAUGUGUGCAAAAACAGUUUAUAAAGAACAAUUCCUUACUCUUCGCUGCCACACACCACCGCUUUCAUGUAAGCUCUAAUGCAGCAGUCGUGGAGAAACUAUGCAUGCGCAUUUAUAGUUCCAGGCACUCAAUGCGGUCUGGAUCAAUUUGAUUUAGUUUUAAUCAUUAAUCGAUUAGUUGAAGCAACACAAUAUUAGUCAAAGCUUUUUUCUCAUCGAAUUAAUCGAUUCACUCGAUUCACCCUAGUGUGAAAAUAGUCUCACACAACAACAAAAAAAUCCUGAUUACAAUUAUGUUGCACUAUUACAGUGUUAUUGUUUUUGCACUAUUUACCGUUUGGACUCAGGUCGAGUUAUACUGCAAAAUAUAAACUAUGCCUUUAUUUAUUGUUUGUUUUACUACCCGUCUCGCAGCAUUGCCAUAUCAAGAUAUCAUUGUUAUUGUGAGCCAUGUAUCACAAAUAUGACAUAGUGAGGUUCCUUUGGAUUCCUUAGUUAUCACUAGUUUUAGAUUAGUAGUAAAGGACUGGCUGAAGGUGUUAAGGAAGUCAUUGUAUUGCUAAAAGCGUGUCAUAGAAAUGAGUACAAUGUGUUUUGAACAAAUCUAAACUCGAGUGUCAAAUCAGGAGAGUGACAGAAGGAAGUUUAACAAGGUGAAAACAAUCCAGUCUACAUUCUAUACCUGAGCUCAAAACAAGGCCAACUCAUAGAUUUUCAAUUACAUUGAGGUCUGGCUUCUGGUUGGGUUGUCUCCAAUCUUACAUUUUCCUCUGGCAAUUAAGUCAUUCUUUUGUCGAUUUCUUUGAAUGCCAGGGGUUAUUGUCACGAUGAUAGAUUAAAUUCCUGUUGUGUUCAGCUUCCUAGCACAUCUGAAGGUUACACAGUUCUGAAACUAAACCACAAAAAUAUUUGCUUCACCAGGAAGAAAUGACAGUGUUGAAAGGGCCCAGGCAGUGUCCAGACCUAAAUCAUUUGGCAUAGAAACAUUUAUUCUAAAGUAUCCCAGACCUAUAUCCAAAAGGAUUAAGGGCCUGAUUUACUAAAGGUUUUUGCGUGCACUAAAACACGUGCAAACCUGAUGGCACAAGCAAAGCUGAUUUACUAAACGUGUGCAAAGUGGAUUGCAUCUGUUAAGUGAGCAGAAUAAUGCG